AUGGCGGGCGUGAUAAUUGUGCUCGCCUUCUUUCUUGCUCACGAGCUCUUACCGUGCGCUUCAUCAUCAGCUAUUGAUCGCACCCAGUUCCCUCCGGACUUCCUGUUUGGGACCUCUACCUCUGCUUACCAGGUACGCCCCACACUCACCUACCUAUUUGCCUCAAAACGUGAAGAGCAUUCAUUCUUCGUCGGAGGUCCUCACACAAUAGAGAAAAGCAUUGCUAGUGUGUCGAUCGGUUCUCUUCAGUUUGCACAUUCGAUUCAAGUUCUUGGAGCUUUAUCGGGGCGGAGGGAGGGACGACAGACGGACAGUUUGCCACCUCAAUACCUCAUAACAUGUUACUCAAUAGCAUUGGGUUUGAUCAAUUUUUUAAGCCUCCAGAUUUGUGUCAUACGUCUCAUGGGGGCCGGUGGCCCAUCUGGCCCAGCCGCCAAGGGAGCAGCAGCGCCACCUAGGGGGAGGGCGCGCAUGGCAAGGGUGGUCUCCGGCUGCUCUACUAUCCAUAUCCGGAGGAUCUUGAAUAAAGGAAAGAGAAUAUGA